AUGGAAAGAGCUAUUCGUUCGCCUUCCCAGCAAUACCUUCCACACCAAAACUAUCCACAAUUUGGGUCUGAUGGGAGAGCAGUCUAUACUCCUCUUGAAGUAGAACCUUCAGCCCUAGCUCACGAUAACGCACAAGCUCCUGUUGUUCCUGUCCACAAUUCAAUGCCUGAGUUAUACGAAAUUAAAGUCAGUCGCGAUCGUUGGGCUUCUUGGGUGCGAUUUGGGUCUGCUUUUAUGAUGAUUUUAUCUCUUCUGUGAUUCGCUUUAAUAAUUUUUCAUUUGUUCAAUAUAGAAGAACAGGCACCUACUACAUUGCGGUGGCUGAUUCUGAGGACUUUUAUUGCAUCUGCAAUGUUUUUUGUUUCCUGGAUUGGGCUUAAAGCAAGUAAAACCAAAGAUACUAAAUCCUAUCUAUUUAAGAGCUAAAAAGAAUUUUGUUUCUUCUUGAUAGGGUUAUAUUUCAUUAAGGUUAUAAGUAUUUUUAUUUCGGAUCUUAUAGAUCUUUAAAUAUUUGAAUAAUUUUUUUUAAAUUUAAUGAGAUCUCGCGCAAUCAUUAAUUAUUAUAAAAAAAUUGAUAGAGUUUUUUCGUUUGCCACUUAAUAGAGUUUUUUAAAUGUUUUGCUCACUAAUAAAGGGUGCACUAAGCAUUCGAAAUUGUAUCUCAAAUCUUUGGUCCUUUUCAUUUCUGGUGUGAUAAUUUGCAUUGCCAUUUCCUAUUCAAUUACUCAUUCAGAUAGCGCAAAAGCAAGCUACUACAAAAUCAAUCGUUCAAAUGAAAUAAAAGAUGAGGAGGGUGGACAUUAUAAUAAAAAUGACCACAGCAAAAAGAAAAUUAUUGAAAAUCAGUUUGAAGAGUACAAAGAUUUUAACAUUGAUCUUUUACAAGAUAAGGAUUAUGAGUCAGAUAGCACAGAUCUGAAUCUAUCUCAAAAUCCUAAUGGAGUCACCUUUGUUUCUCCAGAUGAUUUCUUUGGGAUUAAGCCUUAUUGGCAUGAAGGUAAGCUUCUCGAGAAGCUUUUUGAUAUUUCCUUUUCUGAUUUUGAUGAUGUCAGCGAAGAAAAUGAAGAUCCUUAUUAUCCAAACGACCCUGACGAUUUUAUAGAGGAGGACUUAGAUGAUUCAGAUGAUUUCAUCGAGUCUACAAAGAAAAGCCAUGCCAAAGCAGCAAAAAAUAAAGACUAUAAAAAAGACAAUAAAGAAAAGCACAGACAUAGGAAAGACCAAAGAAAGCAAGCCCAUAUCAGAAAGCACAUUGGAAGACAUAGCUUAGCAGGAGGAAUUAUUGGAACUUUAAUUGCUUUUUCUGUCGUUAUGUCAUUUGUAUUGUGUGCUUACAAGCUUUAUAAAUCAUCAAGCAGUUAUGAUGUGUUGGCUUAUCAUAAUAUGCCGACAGAGCGGAAUUAUGUCCAGCCACUUAAUGGUCAGCCAUACCAGGCUGUGUCAGCAAAUAAUGUUGGGUAUUAUCCCCAUCUUGCACCUGCGGGAACAGUGGUGCAGUAA